AUGCGCAUCUUGAAGUUUUACAAGACACCUGGAUUGAGGGCGGGCCAGCUGAAGAGCAAGCUACAAAAGGUGUUGGAAAUCGAGACCUCGGUGACCGAUCUUGAGACAGAAUUGUGUUAUUAUGUGGAGAUCGCCGAACCGCUCGAAGAGGAGGAAAUUAGAGUAUUAAAAUGGAUCCUAUCAUCUCCUUUCGAACGAGAAUGUUUACGAUGUGACAGUGUAUUUAGUAAUAUUCAGGAUCAUGCUAUUGUCAUUGAAAUUGGACCCAGGUUGAACUUUUCAACAGCAUUUUCUACUAAUGUAGUUUCCAUUUGUAAGUCUGUGAAAUUGAAUAAAGUCACAAGAAUUGAAGCAGCAAUUAGAUAUUGCAUAAAACUUAAAGGGACAAUUGACAAGAAAAUAGAAAAUGACAUUGUAAAUGUAUUGGGAGAUAAAAUGACAGAAUGUAGAUACGUAAAACCUAUUGAAACAUUUGAUCAUGGCUUUAGGCCGGAGAAAUGGUUUGAUGUUGACUUAAUCAAAGAAGGCAGAAAGGCUUUGGAAAAAGUUAAUUUAAAAUUGGGCUUGGCAUUUGACGAUUGGGAUUUAGACUAUUAUACAAAAUUAUUUCUUGACAAACUAAAACGUAAUCCAACAAGCGUGGAAUGUUUUGACCUUGCCCAAUCUAAUAGUGAACAUAGUCGCCACUGGUUUUUUAAGGGACGCGUUAUUUUGGAUGGCAAAGAAGAAGAAAAAUCUUUGAUCGACAUGAUUAUAGAUACUCAAAAUUACUCAAAUCCAAACAAUGUGAUUAAAUUUAGUGAUAACAGUAGUGCUAUAGAAGGAUUUCAAGUUCCUGUCUUGUGUCCUGUAGAAACUCACAAAAGUAGUCAUUUUGAUCUGAAAGACAUCAAGCAACAUCUCAUUUUUACAGCUGAGACACACAACUUUCCAACUGGCGUAGCACCUUUUAGCGGUGCCACUACGGGUACUGGUGGCCGACUGAGAGACAUUCAAGCAAUCGGUAGAGGAGGAAAUUACAUAGCAGGCACUGCAGGUUACAGUGUUGGCAAUCUUCAUAUUUCAGGCUAUGAUUUGCCAUGGGAGGAAAAGGAUGCAGUUUACCCUAGUAAUAUGGCAUCGCCGUUAGAAAUAAUAAUCGAAGCGAGUAACGGCGCUUCUGAUUAUGGAAACAAAUUUGGAGAACCCGUCGUGUGUGGAUUCGCGCGUUCUUAUGGGGCGACUAAUCACGCGGGAAUUAGACGAGAAUGGAUCAAGCCUAUAAUGUUCAGUGGAGGAUUAGGAACCAUGGAUGCAAAUUUGACUAAUAAGGUGUCAGCAGAACGAGGAAUGGAAGUGGUCAAGAUCGGUGGACCUGUGUAUCGGAUCGGUGUAGGCGGGGGUUCGGCGAGUUCUGUAGAGGUACAGGGUGACAACAAUACAGAGUUAGACUUUGGUGCAGUCCAGCGUGGCGAUCCCGAGAUGGAGCAAAAAUUAAAUCGCGUGGUUCGUGCAUGCACGGAAAUGGGUGACAGCAAUCCGAUCCUGAGUAUCCACGAUCAGGGUGCCGGUGGUAACGGUAACGUCCUCAAAGAACUAGUGGAGCCUGCCGGUGCCGUUAUUUUUACUAAGAAUUUCGAUCUUGGCGACCCUAGUAUUAGUACAUUAGAGCUCUGGGGCGCAGAAUAUCAAGAGAGCAACGCGAUUCUAUGUAAAUCGAAGGACGAGGAUUUACUAAGAGGAAUCGCAGCGCGUGAAAAAUGCCCCAUCAAUUUUGUCGGCACUGUCACUGGAAAUGGAAAAAUUAUUGUUUCUGAAGAGGAAAAUUGCGAACACACGAAAUAUUUAAAUAAUGAAGAUGGGAACCUGAACGACAAUAAAUAUCCGGUGAAUCUGGAGCUAGAAGUUAUUCUUGGAAAAAUGCCUCGUAAAACUUUCAACUUGGACAAGAUAUCGCCUCAAAAGUUUUCUAUGAAGUUGCCCGAUGAAUUAACAGUUCUCAGUGCUUUGGAUAGAGUUCUUCGAUUACCUUCGGUAGCUAGCAAACGGUAUCUAACGAAUAAGGUGGACCGUUGUGUAACAGGCUUGGUAGCCCAGCAGCAGUGUGUCGGUCCAUUGCACACUCCUCUGGCAGACGUUGCAGUGGUAGCUAUUUCAUACUUUUCUAUGGAAGGCAUCGCGACGUCCAUCGGCGAACAACCAAUUAAAGGACUGGCGAAUGAAGUGGCUGGUGCUCGAAUGACGGUUGCCGAGGCUCUCAGCAACCUAGUAUUUGCGCGUAUUACGAAUCUGCGAGACGUCAAGUGCAGCGGUAAUUGGAUGUGGCCGGCGAAACUUCCAGGCGAAGGUGCGGCGCUCUACGAAGCUUGUGUGGCGAUGUGUUCAUUGAUGAAAGAACUCGGAAUCGCGAUCGAUGGUGGUAAGGACUCGCUCAGCAUGGCCACACGAGUCGGCAAGGAUGUCGUCAAGGCACCUGGCACUCUCGUCGUGUCUUGCUACGCGCCAUGCCCCGAUAUUCGUCGAGUUAUUACCCCGGAUCUCAAGGCUCCCGCUGCGGGACGGCAGAGUUAUCUGCUUUUUGUUGAUUUGUCUCACGGGAAGAGCCGACUCGGUGGAACGGCUCUGUCUCAAGUUUAUAAUCAAUUGGGUGACGACGUACCAGAUGUCCAAAACGCGGUGACUUUCAAAAACGCCUUCGAUGCCACGCAACAAUUAAUCGCCGAUAAGAAGGUCCUCGCUGGUCAUGAUGUAAGUGACGGUGGACUGAUCACGUGUCUUCUAGAGAUGUGCUUUGCUGGAAUCUCAGGGAUAGAUGUCGACAUAACUCACAAGUCUGCACCUGCUAUUAAUAUUUUGUUUUCGGAAGAGGUUGGUUGGAUAUUGGAAGUCGACGAGAAAUAUCGCGACGAAGUGAUGGAAAUGUUUCAACGUUACAAAGCCCCCGCAUACUUGAUUGGAAAAUCCGCGGGCUUUGGAAUGAACUCGGAAGUAAUCAUCAAGGUGCGUGGUAAUAUUGCGCUAAGAACUACGGUAAUCGAUUCGAUGACUAUUUGGGAAGAGACUAGUUAUCAGCUGGAACGCCAUCAGACAAAUGUCACCUGCGCCUUGGAAGAAUUUUCUAAACUAGGAGAGCGAACCGCUCCCGCUUAUCGAUUAAGCUUUGAUGCCACUAGACCUCACUCGAUACCAAAGAAUCCGUUAAAGAAUAUUAAAGUUGCUGUGAUAAGAGAAGAAGGUACUAAUGGGGACAGAGAAAUGGUCGCUUCUCUAUUGCAAGCUGGCUUCGAGGUUUGGGACGUUACAAUGCAAGAUCUGCUGAAAAACUAUGCUACCCUGGAGGUUUUCAGAGGAAUUAUCUUUCCCGGUGGUUUCAGUUACGCUGAUGUCUGCGGCUCUGCCAAGGGAUGGGCAGCCAGUUUUCUCUUCCAUCCAUCUCUACGUGAGCAAUUGCGGCGAUUUGUCGCUCGCGAAAACACUUUCAGCCUGGGAGUUUGUAACGGCUGCCAAUUGAUGAGUCUAUUAGGAUGGGUGGGUGACGAAGAUAUUGAAAAAAAUAUAAACGGAAUUUAUUUGGAUCAUAAUCUGUCGGAGAGAUUCGAGUGCAGGUGGAGCACUGUUAAGAUUGAGAGCUCGCCGUCGAUCAUGUUAAGAGGAAUGGAGGGCAGUGUUCUUGGCAUAUGGGUGGCUCAUGGAGAGGGCAGGUUUAUUUUCCGCGAGGAAAUUCUAAAAUCUCUUGAAAGGGAUAAUUGCUUACCAAUCAGGUAUACGGACGAUUAUGGCAAUCCGACUGAACGGUAUCCUAUGAAUCCAAACGGCAGUAUAAAUGGCAUUGCUGCGGUUUGCUCUAAAGACGGCCGACAUUUGGCGAUGAUGCCGCAUCCAGAGAGGUGUACGCAAAUGUGGCAAUGGCCUUGGAAACCAGUAGAGUGGAACUUGGAAACCUCAUCACCCUGGCAGCGGCUUUUCGACAAUGCGUAUAUGUGGUGUCAAGAGCACGAUUAAAAAAUUGCUUAUCAAAAUCGAUAAAGAAUUUUGUUAUGAUUUACGGUUACUUUAUUCAUAUAUAUUUUUUUACAUUAAUAUUCAUUUCAUUUUAUUAAAUAAUUAAUAUUCAAUAUAAUAUAAAUUAUACAUUAACAAUGGCUGUUUUAUUACAGCUAUUGGAUAGGUCGCUCUGCAUAUACUACAUUUAAAUUCUCGAACAUUUGGAUUAUCUUCCCAUUUUCCAUUACAUUCUUUUAAUAUUGCGAAAAUCAAAAACCAGUUUUCGUUUGGACAAUUUGGACGGUAAUAGGAGCAACGCUUUCGUCGUCGUUGACACAAAAAUAAGACUCAAACGAAUCAGACAAGAACCAAAACUAUUUUAUUUAUAAUAAAAUGGAAAAAUAAGUAUAUCUUUAAUAGUCUCGUCUUAUACUUACUGCCGCAUGAUUUGCUCAUCGUUGAUGAGACAAAACGUGUUAAGUUUAAACGUACCGAAAACGAAUUAUAUUUCUGUAGAUUAAAAAUAUGAUUAAUAAUAUUAAAAAGAUCUAUAGUAUAAAAAAACAAUCCAAAAAUUUUAUUUAUUUUUUUUUGUCAAGGAAUAUCUGUAGAGCUUAUCCACUGUAAAAGAA